AUGGCUACGACAAAUAAGAAGUUACAAAAAAUUAUGACCCAACCUAUAAACCAAAUAUUUAGGUUUUUUACAAACAAAACGGUUGUGCAAAUAUGGUUAUAUGAUAAACCUGAUAUGAGAAUAGAAGGUAUUAUAUUGGGUUUUGACGAAUAUAUGAAUAUGGUAUUAGACCAAACAAAAGAAAUAUCAGUAAAGAAAAAUAUAAAAAAGGAACUUGGAAAAAUAUUAUUAAAAGGGGAUACAAUAACUUUAAUCAUGGAAGUAAAAGAUGAAGAAAAAUAA